UUUUUUAUGCUUGGUCGAUCUUUAGCCGUCUCCAUCAUCAAAAUCAAUGGAGGAAGAAGAAGCGAGAGAAGUGGUGAUCGAUAAUGAUCUAAAGAAGAAGAUCAAGGAAACAGUGAAGAAGAUCCUGAAACGUUCGAGCUUACUUGAGAUUACAGAGAUUAAGGCCCGAGAAGAAGCUUCCGCUGAGUUGGAUCUCGAUCUUUCGCGAGAUCCGUACAAUCUAAUCAUCAGAGAAGCCGUCGAUACUUUCAUUGAAAAGGCGAUAAUGACAAUCGAGACUGAGAUGGGGAAGCUUCACACUCAGAUCGUAGACGAUGUCGAUGGAGGAGGAACCGAGAAAACAACGAAGACGACGACGAAGAAGAAAACAAAGAAGAAGAAGAAGGUGGAAGAAGCAGAGUCAUCAGCUGCUUAGGUAAAGUGUCAUUAGUUGAAAUUAGUGUUUUAGCCAUUGAUAGAGUGCUCAAAGUCAAAAGUGUAUCAAACUCUGUAACAUGAUGAUCCAUCAACAGCUUAUUAUUGGGCUUCUAUAUGUUUUGUUACUUAAAAAUUGAUGAUUGUCUGAUU